AUGGUAUGGGAUCCAGUCUUCGAAUUGGUUUUACCAAAAAAAACUGCCUAUGAUUCAGCUCAAUGGUGUUGUGUUUUAUAUGGCAGUGAGGAUGAGCAUGCAUGCAGUGAUUUCUGUAUACCUUUGAAUCGAGAGUGUGAUGGGGUCCUCGAUUGCUCCGAUGGCAGUGAUGAGAAGUCCUGUGAAAGGCUUUAUCAAUUCAUUUGCCAAGAUGGGAAACGGAUAACAGUCGACAAGAAAUGCGACGGCAACAUCGACUGUCCCGAUGGAAGUGACGAGACCUUCACGCUGUGUAGGAAGAUGAUAUGCCCAGACUACCUUUUCCGGUGCGCCUACGGCGCCUGCGUCGAUGGAACAGCGCCGUGUAACAAGAUCAAGGAUUGCGUGGAUAACUCGGACGAACUGCAACCGCGAUGUAGGGCCCAGAGUAAUAUUGUGGGUCUAAAGAAAUCUUUUCGCCUCUCUAGCAACAAUUUCAAGUGUCAGAACGGCGAUCUGAUAGACCUGUAUCUCGCGUGCGACGGCGUCGCGAAUUGCGCCGACGGCUCCGACGAGUCGAUCAGCUCGUGCGCCGGCGCAGUCUGCCCGACCAACCUGUUUCAGUGCGCGUACGGCGCAUGCGUCGACGAGGGUGCUGAUUGCAAUUUUAUCCAAGAGUGCGCAGACGGCUCCGACGAGUCGGAUCAGCUCUGCAAUAGGACCUUGUCUACCACAACCACAACUACCACCGAAGCACCGUCUGCUGUUACAGCGAAGGCGUGUACAGUACCGAACCACCCGAAAAACGGCUUCUACCGGUUAAGCGCUAAACCGAACGCGGCUUAUAUAUAUCUGAAUGUGACGUGCAAACCGGGUUUCAAGUUGAUCGGGGACGAGUCCAUAUACUGCUAUAGCGGGCUCUGGUCCGUUCUUCGUUUCCCGACUUGUGUGCGUUCUUGCAAGAUAAAGCCAUCAGACAGCGUGGUCUACCGUUGUCUGGUAGCCGAGGCCAGUGGUCUGGACGGAACCAGGGAGUGUGACAAGGAGGAGAUCGAGGGGACCCUGGUUCAGCCGGAGUGCAGGCGUCCGAACUACUACAGCCCGAGAGAUCUGCCCUAUAUGUUCUGCGAGGAUGGGAAGUGGAACUAUGAGCCGAAGUGUGUUCCAGAGUGCGGCACGGUGAUCCCGAAGGGCGAAGUCCUAGUGAUCGGCGGGAAGCAAACGGACAGGGGCGAAGUGCCGUGGCACGCCGGCAUCUUCUUCAAGAACUACACGGACCACACGAUACAGCAGAUUUGCGGCGGUUCUCUUAUCAGCACUUCCAUCAUCAUUUCUGCGGCUCACUGCUUCUGGUACGAGGAGAUAGGACAGCUACCGACACAUCACUACGCGGUUGCCGUCGGGAAAAUAUAUCGAGAAUGGGACCAUCCCAACGACAUGCAAUAUGCGCAGCGAAGGAACGUAUCGGAAAUAAUCUUGGCGACGCGUUUUUACGGCGCCGCCAUCAACUAUCAAUAUGACUUGGCCAUAGUGAUCGUCAACGAGCCGUUCUACUACCGGACGUACAUUCGCCCGCUCUGUCUGGACUUUGACCCGGCGCUGAGUGAGGAACAGUUGCGCAAAGGGAAUAUGGGCAAGGUGGCCGGCUGGGGUCUGACCACGGGGCUCGCUGGGUCCGAAUCGCCGCUGCUAAAAGUGCUUGACGUCCCCUACGUCCCCUAUCGGGAGUGCGUCGAGAAAACACCUAGGAACUUCAAGGAGUUCCUGGCCGGAGACAAGAUAUGCGCUGGACACGCUAAUGGUACAACUCUAUGCAAGGGCGAUAGCGGCGGAGGCCUGGCGUUUCCCUCGCAAGUCCAAUCGACGACGCGUUAUUUCCUACGCGGGGUCGUUUCCACCAGCCCACCCCCCACCGACAACCUUUUAUGUCAUUUAUUCUCUUAUACAGGAUUCACUAACGUUACAGAACACGAACAACUUAUUGUUAAGUAUUGAUUUGACAACGGAACGAGCGACGCGGAUUCGAACCCCGCCCGUGCAAUACAAUUUGUUUCAAAUAAUAUUUCGAUUCCCUUAGCCAUGACGAAGAGAAGUAAGGCAUCGACGAUUUGCGCAACUGUGGUUAUCUUCAUCAAUAUUAUAGCAGUGAUGAUAAGUCUAACAAUAUUCGCCUUGGGUCUUUGGGUGAUCAUUUCGCCCAAGACUAUAGAACACGUGAUUCAGAUGUUGGGCACUCCAGUGAUAAAGGCUCUCUUCCCUGAUGGGUCUCUCACGCUACAACUUGGUAUCAGCAUGAGUCUCUUGGGCAUCUUCUUACUUUUUAUUUCGAUGAUGGGCCUCUACGGUGCAGUGUGUAAUUCGCCAUUCUUGCUGUUUAUGUACGCCGCGUUAGUACUUCUGUUGAUGCUUCUGGAAUGCGCUCUGUUCUUCUAUUUCACGUCAAACAUAGUUGAGAAAGGUGUCAAAGACAACAGUCAACUUGAUCACGCGUUUCGUCUGAUGCUGCACUGCUGUGAUCACUACCAGAAUUACAGAAUACUAAUAUCCUCUGUGGUGCUUAUAGCGAGUGAACAAAGAAAAUCCUGGCGUAGCCCACGCGUGGCCCCAGAACAUCUCACCGAUGAUGUCAUGAUGGUGGUUCUGGGUCGAGGAAGACUCGGAUGGGUGGACAAAGGAUCAUAG